UCCACCCGUCUCUUUCCGUAAUUCAAGGGCUUCCACAUCUUAUCCCCAUAUAAAUACCCCUUUAACAACCUUCAUCUGCUAAACACAGAUCUAGAUCCAGCUUUAAGGAGAGCGUCUUCAUACACGUCUCUUCUUCUCAUCUCGUCGUCGUAUCUUUCGUCUCCGAAUCGAAAAUGAGGGAGUGCAUCUCGAUCCACAUUGGUCAAGCUGGUAUCCAGGUCGGUAACGCCUGUUGGGAGCUUUACUGCCUUGAACACGGCAUUCAGCCUGAUGGCCAGAUGCCGAGUGACAAGACCGUUGGCGGAGGUGACGAUGCGUUCAACACCUUCUUCAGCGAAACCGGCGCAGGGAAACACGUGCCACGUGCUGUCUUUGUCGACCUUGAGCCCACUGUGAUCGACGAGGUCAGAACCGGUACUUACCGUCAGCUCUUCCACCCUGAGCAGCUUAUCAGCGGUAAAGAAGACGCAGCUAACAACUUCGCCCGUGGUCACUACACCAUUGGGAAGGAGAUUGUUGACCUGUGUUUGGACCGUAUCAGGAAGCUAGCUGAUAACUGCACUGGUCUCCAGGGAUUCCUUGUCUUCAACGCUGUUGGUGGAGGAACUGGAUCUGGUCUUGGGUCUCUUCUUCUUGAGAGGCUUUCUGUGGACUAUGGGAAAAAGUCCAAGCUUGGUUUCACUGUUUACCCAUCUCCACAGGUCUCUACAUCCGUUGUUGAGCCUUACAACAGUGUCCUCUCCACUCACUCACUCUUGGAACACACUGAUGUCUCCAUCCUCCUCGACAAUGAAGCUAUCUACGACAUCUGUAGACGUUCCUUGAACAUUGAGAGGCCAACUUACACCAACCUUAACCGUCUCGUCUCUCAGGUUAUCUCUUCAUUGACUGCUUCUCUGAGGUUUGAUGGAGCCCUGAACGUGGAUGUCACUGAGUUCCAAACCAACUUGGUCCCAUACCCAAGAAUCCACUUCAUGCUUUCCUCCUACGCACCAGUGAUCUCUGCUGAGAAGGCCUUCCACGAGCAACUCUCUGUUGCUGAGAUCACCAACAGUGCAUUCGAGCCAGCUUCCAUGAUGGCCAAGUGUGACCCACGUCACGGGAAAUACAUGGCCUGCUGUUUGAUGUACCGUGGUGAUGUCGUCCCUAAGGACGUGAACGCAGCUGUUGGAACCAUCAAGACCAAACGUACCAUCCAGUUCGUUGACUGGUGUCCUACUGGAUUCAAGUGCGGUAUCAACUACCAGCCACCAACUGUUGUCCCAGGAGGUGAUCUUGCGAAAGUGCAGAGAGCUGUGUGUAUGAUCUCUAACUCGACCAGUGUCGCUGAGGUCUUCUCGAGGAUUGAUCACAAGUUCGAUCUCAUGUACGCGAAACGUGCGUUCGUUCACUGGUAUGUGGGUGAGGGUAUGGAGGAAGGAGAGUUCUCUGAGGCUCGUGAGGAUCUUGCGGCGUUGGAGAAGGAUUACGAGGAGGUUGGUGCUGAAGGUGGUGAUGAUGAGGAUGACGAAGGCGAGGAGUACUAAGAAUGUUUCGAGAAAAAUGGGUUUCUAUUAUCCUUUUGUGUGUUGUUUGAAUGGGCUCGAGACACUUUUGUGACGAGUCUUUAGUUUGUGUUUUCUCUAAACUACAUUUCCUGCCGUCUGUGUUUGAAUUUCUACUAUGGUUUUUAUCUACUCGUUUUGUGUGUUAACUUAACUCUCGUUCUUACUAUCUGUUUGGUCCUUAUAUUCAUGCUUGCUUAG